AUUUAACCUUUAAAUUCUGGAGCCACCGGAAACCGAGGGGAGGACGCCGGGCGUCCGUGCUAAUGAGGCUGGGGGUGGGCGGCGGGCGGUGGGCCAGGAGGCUCGGCAGGCCCCCAGGCUCCCCGGGGAAGGCCCUGGGAGCCCUCGCCAGGGCUGCCUCCGCCAUCCUCCGCCAUCGGACUGGGAGUGCCUCUGAUUGGCAGCCAGGACCCUGGUCCUUCUCCCCGCCCAGCUGGGGGUGUUGUCUGGGGAAGUUAGGGUCUCACCUGGGAGGCAGGGAGGGAGGGGGCUGCCUGGGGCCCUAGGCCCCUCCCGGGCUGGCGCACCCCAUCCCCACCCACAUUCCUGUGCCUUUCCCGCCUUCCGCCACCCAUCCCCUCGCUCCACUCCUUCCUUCACCCCGAGUCACCCCUGUUUCUGGCUCUGUUUCCUGCCCCACCUGGGAAGGGCACCUAGACAUAGAAAAAGCUGCAGGAGUGGAGGGGUGCUGUGCUCUCACUGAGCCUCAGUUCCACCGGUCACGUGGGAGAUGAUAGCAGGGCCCUCCUGGCUGCUGGGCAGGUGCCCUGGGUGAUGUGGGCCCAGUUUUGCAUCUGGAGUCUGUCACCUGGGCCAGGGUCGGGACAUCCAGGUUCUAGUCCAGUUGGGAAUUGCCAUUUUCUCUCUUAGCUCUGGUGUCCCCAUGUGAAUCGGGAGGAAGAGUUCCUGCCCUCGGACCUCCCUGGGUGGCAGUGGGGACCCAAUGAGAUGGGGUAUGUGACCAUGGUCAGUAAUUGGCACCUGCCUGGAGAGGUGGGUGAAAACUUGCCAUCUUUGAACCUACCACUUUCUUCCAGGCCUUUGCCCAGGCUGUGGCCUCUGCCUGGAACUCCUUUCCUUCCCACUCCAGCCCUUCUCGCCUGUGCCUCUUCCUCCAGGAAGCCCUCCCUGGUGCCCAGUGGGCCCUCUUCUAUGGCCUCUGGGGUUCUCACCGCACGCUCAGGCCCCGAUUGUCUACUUUGCACACAAGACUGUGAGCCUCAUGAGGGCAGGAAACACACAGCUGUUCACAGUUGUGUCCCAGCAAGGGCCUGGCCCAGAGCUCCUCAGGGAAUGAGACGCCUACAUCCUCUGCUCUGCUCUGCUCUGCUCUGUGACCCUGGGAGCCAGGUGAGGCAGGAGCCGCCCUGGCCACACCGCCCAGGCUCGGGGAGAGCAGCAGCCGCAGCUGAUGGGGCAGCGUCUUUCCCCAGCAUGUCAUCGGGGAGCACGCUCCCAGGGGCCCCAAGGGCUGCAGAACUCCGGCUCUGCCCUCUGAUCACCGAUGCCCAGGGCAGCUCCCUGUGGGGCGGGAGUAAGCCUGGUUCUAGGUCGUGUUGCCUCCUGCUAAGAAAGUUCCCAGGUUUACCUGCCCAGCAGUGGCCCUUUCCCUGCGUGGUCUGGAAUGAUGGGUAGAGCUGCCACGGAGCGGAAUUGGACAGAAGUUGGCCAGAGUCAGCCUAG